AUGUCCGUCUCCGUCAACCCUCGACGAAGGACUCCGGUGACUCGCCCGGAGUCUCCUGCCGGCCUUAGCCUUAAGACCAACAUGACCCUUCGCAAGGGUGCUACCUUCCACUCUCCCACCAGCCCUACCUCUUCAACAGACGAUGCCUUGGCCUCCCCUCCUAGCCUUCGACGCUCCCAGACAAACCUGGACGACGUCGUUGAUGCCCACUGCCGUCGCGCCGCGUUGAUGAUCGACGACAUUGAGAACUCUCUCUCCAACAUCACCAUCGUCUCGCCCAAGGCCAGGUCCUUCCGUGACGACAGCCUUCCCGUUCCCAGAGGCUUCCUCAACCUUCCCGUUGUCGACCCCGCCAUGGCCAAGGAGAAGUCAAAGGAAGCGGAACGCCGCAUUCUGCGUCCUAGAACCCGCCGCUCCUCGAGACAUCAUGAAUCAGACAGCGGACUCGGCACCUCUGUCGCUCCUACCACCGAGACAGAGCCUGCGACCACCGCAUCAAAGAAGGCCUCUGCCAUUACUAGGUCCGCUGCUGCCACCUCUUCAUCCACCAAGGAGAACCUUCGCGGCCUCAGCCAAAAGGCUGCCAACCGCAUCACAGAGCACAUUCUGCGCCCUCUUCGGGCCAAGCCUGCCCUGAAGGACUUUGAGCCCAUUGUUCUCGAUGUUCCUAGACUCAUUAGAGAUAAGGAGAUCAUCUGUCUGAGAGAUCUCGAAAAGACUUUGAUUUUCAUGGCACCGGUAAGUCAAGCACUGACUGAUACUGGUCUUUGGGGAAAUACUUAUCGAUUGUUGAUGAAGGGGAGGUCCAAGACUGCCGCCUUGUACCUCGACUUCUGCCUGACGUCGAUCCGCUGCAUUCAAGCCACCGUGGAAUACCUCAGCGACCGAGAACAGACUCGACCCAACGACCGACCUUACACUAACGGGUAUUUUAUCGAUCUUGUCGAACAGCUUCACCAGUACGCAGGCCAACUCGCUGCCGCCAAGGAAAAGGGAGACGUUGAGAUCUCGUAUGGUAACCCCGCUCCGGGAUUAUUUGCCCCUGCUAACGCGACAGACAGCACCGACGAAAUCAAGCUUUACGGUGGCAUCACCGAGAACGGACGCCCUGCUGAGCUCGUCCGCGUUCGUAAGGACGGUAAGGCCAUCUCCAUGGCUACUGGUCUGGAGGUCGACCUGGACGACUCCGCACCCAUCAAGAUGAAGCGCUCCAUGAGCCAGCAGCUGGAGGACGAGGAGGAGAUCAUGCGCUCCAUGGCCCGCCGCAAGAAGAACGCCAGCCCCGAGGAGCUCGCCCCCAAGAAGUGCCGCGAGCCUGGCUGCAACAAGGAGUUCAAGCGCCCAUGCGACUUGACCAAGCACGAGAAGACUCACUCGCGUCCUUGGAAGUGCCCUGUUCCCACCUGCAAGUACCACGAGUACGGCUGGCCGACUGAGAAGGAGAUGGACCGCCACCACAACGACAAGCACUCUUCGGCUCCUCCCAUGUACGAGUGCUUGUACAAGCCUUGCCCUUACAAGUCGAAGCGCGAGUCCAACUGUAAGCAGCACAUGGAGAAGGCUCAUGGCUGGACCUACGUCCGCACCAAGACCAAUGGCAAGAAGGACAGCAAGGCCGGCAGCGUAACCCACGCCACUCCCCAGCUUCACCACAUGCCUACCCCCUCCACCAGCAGUGCUGCCACUCCUCCUCCGCCAAUGGACCAGGCCCAGCACUUCAACUUCAACGACCCCAUGCUUCCCCUGCACCCCAUCGGUCCCGUUGGCGACUUCGCUUCCCACAUUGACGGCAUGGAAUUCCCCUCGUACAUUUCCGAUGAAGAGUUUGAGCAGGUCAUAGGCGUCCAGCAGCCGUUCGACAACCAAGUGGACCUCGAGAUGUCCCUGUCCCCGUCCGACCACAAUACUCCCAACACCGACAUCUCUCUUGGCCCGUACUCGUACCAAGACGGUCCGGAGUUUAUUGUGGAAGACGACAUCUACGCUGCGCAUGCUUCGCUUCCCACUCCUGACCGCGCCGUGUUUGCCGACAAGCAGAUGAACAUGGCUUUCCCCAUCUACCAGCCUGUACCCGCCUGCCAGCCGCAGAUGAUGCCGGCUCAGCCCGCUCCUCACAUCUCCCCCAUCGGCCAGGGCAAUGCUAUGCUCUUCACACCUAACUCGCUGGCUGAGGUCGACGAGAGCUUCGAUGACAACUUUGGCAACGCCGGUGACAACUUCUGCGGCAACGACUUUCAGUUGUUCCCGUCCAACAAUGCUACUAAGGCCUUCGAGCCUCUGUUUGGCGAGGUACCGAGCGCCGGUCUGGGUUACUCCCAAAAUUCCCAAGACCCCUUCCAGUCACUAGACUGGAAUAACAUCGACUACACAAACUUCCCGAGCCAGUAA